AUGGUGAAUUGGUUUGUGCAUCAUCUCCUUCCUUUUGUUCUCUCUUUUCCCUUUGCAGAGACGCAGACCAUGGAAUCCAGUAAAAGUCACGAAAAAGUAGGCGGGCGCUUGGAGAAAGUGCUGCGGUACUACUGGGAUGGUGUUCCUGUGCCACUUAUGUGCAAUGAAGGAAAGCAGCGAAGUCAAACCUUUGUGUGUCGGAGGCUCGCCUUCGCACCAGAUUACCAUGGCGAAGCUGUGGAGCUGCCCCUUUUACAGACACAAAAAAGCCAACUUUUUAAGACGCUUUGUGAAUAUGUUGAUUCUCCCCAGUCCGUGAGCUGCCGCAUCGGCUCCCAUUAUUCACCACACGUCGGACUAUUUCGCUUUGAUGAAGGAAAGCGGCCUCAUGGCGCUUCGCAUCAGGACAGCGAGUCAGGUGUGCGCGUACCCAUAGAGUGCUGCGAGAAGUCCGAUAAAGGCACGAAUGGCGUCUCUAUGGUACAUUGUCGCAUUCGAACGGCGAAAAUGGUAUCUCUGUACAAGCCUCUAAUCAAGGAAUACUUUCCCCUCAGCCGGCGCAGCUUGCGAAACAUUUUGAUAUUAGCGAGCAGAGGGUGCACCUCUAUCUCCAAGGAGGUUGUGGCAGGCGAGAUAUGCAACGUGAACGAAGCGUACGCAGAAGCAAUAUCAGAGGGUAUCUUUUACUACAUGUGCCUUAACCAUCUGUUUCGAAGGAUUUUGGCUCCACUUCAGCUAGCGACUGAACCGGAGCGCACCAUACGCAGCAUCACUUACGCGGCAGCUCAGGAAAUACCGCGUUCGCGGGAGCACUUCAAAGCGGCCAAGGAGCAGCUCAAAUCUCAACUGCUUUGGAAUCCUCUCACUAGCAACUAUUUUAGAGGACUAAUGUCGAUCUGGGAAGAGAAAUUUUCGAGACUUCGUUUUCUCAACAUUGAUGUGACCGUUUCUUGCAUUGACGUCGUCACUUUCCUCAAGCAAGUGUCCAAGGGGAUGAGCUCUGCCGUUUCACGAAUUCGAAUCGAGUUUUACGCUUGCGUCGAAGCGCUGUUUUUUUCACAUUGCAAAACCGCUCGUGAGGUGCUGCACUUGACUGAACGGGAGUAUGAGGACAGCGUGUUCAAAAAGGUGUUUGUUGCCACAGAGAUAUUUUUAGUCAACAAGAUAAGAUCCCUUUUUUUCGAUGCGCUGGAUUGUCUUGUGCGGUUUUUUGAUUGUGACGGCGUAGCCAACGAGGUCAGAAUAUCACCGCGUGCUCAACGACUGCCGUCCUUGCGUGUUGAACUAGUCGUCGGCGAGAGCUUCCAACCCCGAGCCCCAUCUUUUUCUCUUCUGCUUUUUGGCAUAGCGGAGCUUUUUGCAGAAGUGGAAAAGGGCAUUAAUGGCCUACCAAGGCUGGCUUGCGCAAUUUUCCGAGAACCGAGGUUCGGCGACAAGAAACUCACCAUUGUGUCGCACGUGGAGCUGGCCUCGUACCGUGCGUCGAUCACAGGAGUGUUAGAAAGCGCAUCAGUGCUGAUUAACACGAUUUUGUCCUCCUAUAGCAAAUUUUGCAAGAUACCAGUGCACAACCUUGCCAUUGCAAAGACGGGGACACCGCCGGAGGUGGUGGAGCUCGUGGUGCUCGCGCGACGAAACCUGGCCGAUAUUCGUCACAUCUCUCGCGAUGUUCUGUUCUACGGGCGCCUUGAGAUCAGUUGUCGCCCGUUGCGGUUGGAGCUGACGCAGAAGUGGGAAAAUUAUUUGUCGGCUUUUGUGUCUGCAUUCCAGAGCACCAUAGUGAGUAUUGUCGACGAGGCGAAGGCAAAGAGCCGUGCGAUUCUUGACAUGCUUCAAGCCACCCCUUCGACAGUGCAGGAGUUGGAGGAGUACUUGCGGAAUACCGAAGCGGCGAUUGCUUUGGCCGACUAUCUUUGCGAAAGGAGCCACAAAGAGAUCGCCGACAGGGUCAGCUGCAUUGAAAACCUGUUUAUUCCAGUCAACGAGCACAUAUGCCGCUCUGUCUUUGAGUUCAAGAGAUUUCCAGGUGAGCUUCGAAGCCAGGCAAACAAAAGCGGCGACAUUCGAGCCAAAUGCACACCGCUGUUGAGGGGCAACCUGGAGAACCUACGGAGCACCAUUCGUGACUACUACCGAACUCUUUCUACAGGCGUGAAGGAGUUGUACCAUAUGUUUGAUUUGGACACUUGUGACAUUGCAGCUCAAACUUGUGCAGAGCUGCGCAAGCUUGUCGCACGCAUAGAAACAAGGCAGAAGAGUAUGGAGCACGAAAUGAUGGUGCUGGGUCUGGCAUCCGAGGACUCGUUCGAUAAUUAUUUGCCCCUCAUGACUCACUUCGAGAUUAUCGAGCAGUUUUGGAUCACGGUGUUCAAAUCGACAAAACUGCGUGAACUGUACCGGACGCCAGUAUCUUCCGUCAACGCUAGUGCCUUUGUCGAGCGCGCCCGUGAGUGGCGACGCCUCAUUCACAGCUCCAUCCGCAACUUGCGCGCCUACCCCGUCUUGGUUCAUCUCGGGCGCGAGCAGGAAUUGGCGCUCGCCAAGUUUGAGGAGCUGGAGCUGUUUCUUGAACUCAUCACGACGCCUGGACUGCGCAAGAGUCACUGGCGCGACAUCGCGAAGCUGAUCUCGGCACAGUUGCGGGAUGACGUCAUGCUGGUGACAAACAUGACAGUUACAGUGAAGCGCUUGCUGGACGCCGGCCUGCUCGACCACAUUGUCCCCUUGGCGCAGAUUGUUAGUCAGGCUCGCUGCGACUACGAAGUGGAGAACGAACUUGAGGAGAUGCGGAGCUAUGCCAAGCGCACGCACCUUGUUGAAAGCACAGCAGCCAAGAAUGACCUGAACGCACUGCUAUUGCAGGAGCCUCAGCGUGAGAUAGUACAUCGAAUCGAGGAGUACGUGCUCAAGUGCCGUGCGAUGCGACGCCGGCCCAACUUGGGGCCAUCUGUCCUGAGGUCCUUGGACGAGUGGGUUGACGCGUGUGAGAAGGGCCGCGGCGUGCUUUUGGCGUGGGAUCAGGUGAAGGGGCGGUGGGUGAAGCUGCGCGUGUGUCUGUCCUCGCUGCAGAGCGCGGUCGCCGAGGGCAUCUAUUCGGCUGAAGAAGCGCGCACCAUCACUAAAAGCCUCACAGUGGCUUCAGAUGCCUUCAAGGAGUUGUGUGCGAUCUUGCGCAAGCCGCAGUUUUCUCUCUACACAGCCAUGAUGCAAGACACAAUCCAGGACGUCCUUCUGACUAUCAAGUCGGAAGUGGACGAUGCGGCUGAAGUGUUGAGGGGUGUGACGGAGCGCCGUCGAGCUCUGUUCCCGCGGUUUCGAUUCCUGCCCGACUCGGAGCUCAUGGGGUUUCAAUCCGUGCAAAGCGCUCACAGUUUUGCCCACCUCUUGCAAUACCUUUAUCCGCGCAUCACCGAUGUAGAGGUGAUAGACGGGAUUGUCACUGCUGUUGUGGCGACGGAUGGCGCACGCUUGCCCCUGUCCUCUCCCUUGGCGCUCACGAAAGAUACCCCAGACACUUGGAUCCAGUGCUUUGACCGUGCGGUGCGCGCCUCUCUCGUCGCUGCAGUCAAGGAGUGCGUGGGUGCGUAUUACCGAUGCAACCUGGAAUCUUGGUUGCGGCAAUGGUGCGGUCAGGUAACAGUGCUCGCGCUGCGGAUUCUACACACGGAAGGACUGCGGCGGGCACUACAGCUCGCUGGGCAAAGUGGGCUGAUUGCCUACAUCACCAAAGUGUCAGACCUCUGCAGCGCUAUCAGCAAGCUGGCGCAGGGCAGAUGCGAUAAAGGCGCGAAGGGUGGGCAACCGCGCAGCUACGAAGCCGUCGUGGCAGCCGCUCUGGCGUACGAGGAGUUCGCCUUGAGGGAGGUUCAGCUAGCGGUAGAAUGGCACGUGAGCAGUGUCACCGAGCUGGAGUCUACUCGUGUCGUGCAGACUUUUCUUACACCGGCGGAGGAUGGCAUCUGCGUUCGCAUGAUGGGCGUUCUCUUCGACUACGGGCUGGAAUUCCUCGGGCACGCCAACGCGCCGAUGAUGAGUGCGGCGCAGUGGGUGCAAAUGGCGCCAGUGCUCGUCGAUAUGGAACUGUCCCGGAGUGUUUCGCUGGUGCGGGCCAGCGACGACGUUGCGGCGGAGGGAGAGGUCUUGGAAGCUGUCGCGCUGCUGCUUGGACGCUUCUUCUUUCGGGUUGAAGCCACAGAGCAUGUGCCCACCGAAACGGUUCAACGUUUGCUGCGGGGGUGUGUGGAGGUUGGGGCGUUGGGGUGUCUGGUGCACUGUGAGGCCGUGCCGAGGGCCGUGCUAGAGGAAGCCGUUUUGCCUAUUGCCACCGCCUCUGUCGAGCAGCGCCGUUCUUCCGUCUGGCAGUUGCCCUGUGCUGGAAAAGACGACAUGGUCUCGGUUUCCGUGCACCCGCUGUUCCGGUUAGCCUUCUCAGCUGCUGAGCCGGUAGCGUUGCCCCGCAGUCUCGACCUCAUCUGCAGAGAGGUGCGCGUAGCUCCCUUCGAUGUUCAAGAAGCGCUGCAUGAUUUUCUGAUUCGGACGGGAGUGGUACCAAGGGGUCCUCUGUUCGCUGAGGAAGCGGAGUUUGCCAAGCUCUACCGACAGCUACAAGAGCUGCAUCCAACCGUCUUCACAGCACGCCAGCUGCGGGUGGUGCUGCGCGAGGCGUUCGCGAGUGCUGAUGCGCGCGAUGGGAGAGGGCCUACGCUCAUCGGGUCGUCACAGCAUCGAGUAGUACAGCGCCUUCUGACUGCCUUGGGAAGUGUUUUCACGGCUUUCUUCUCCACAGACGGCGAGGCGGUUAAACGGAGCCUAGAGACGCAGAUCGAGGCGAAGCUACUGCUACCCUCGUGGAAUGGGGUCGCGCCGCAGGGCUGGUGCGACCCGCCUGUCAAGCGAACCACACACAGCGCGGCAGCGGAUGCCUUGCUUGAGCGGUUUACAUCAUGGAUGAAUGUCCACCGGCGCGUGCUCCUUGUCGGGCCACCGUUCUCGGGGAAGACGCGACUGUGGCGAACGUGGGCUGGCUCCCAAUUGCCGCUGAUCGUCUCCAUGUCUCUCAUAUCCGCGGCGGACUUUUAUGGCACCUCUACGGAUCCUGGUUUUCUUUCCUUGAUCACUUCACAGAUGACGGCUCCUCGACACAGGAGCAAGGCUCCCGUUGUGGUGAUGGAGGAUGUCGGGGCGGCCUCAUCCUUUGCACUCUUCCUGGGUUCUUGGCCGGACAGGGCGCGGGUGCUGGAGGGAGAGCCGCAGAACGGCAACAGCGUCAUCACUAGCCCACUGGUGCGCGUGAUUGGCACAGCGCAGGGGUUGCACAACGUUACACCCGGGACCCUCAACCGGUUUGUGAUGAUGUCGCUCGCGGGUCCAUCUUCGUGGCACGAAGGGAUCUCUCACGCGCUGGGCUCAAUGCCUGACGCAGAGUGGGUCGCGAGGGUGCUGGAGAGGCUUUUGCCACCGCUGGUGGAGCGCGCAUCGAAGGCCUCGCCCGAGCUCGUAGGAAUGGCAAAGGAGCUGACAAACAUGUACGCCGUGGCCCAACGCGCGGCAGCUCUGUGCACUCGAUGGUACGCCUACGCACUCACGCUACAUACACACAGAGGAGCGCUGGAAUUGCAGGAGGACGAAGACGAGGUGCCGCUGCGCCUGUUUGCCGUGCGCUGUGCGGUGAUGGCGGCGACGUGGUCGGUGGGACUCUCACUCCCCAUGGAGGAUCGCGAUGUAUUGAAACUGUUGCUCCUCGGCGCAGAGACGGACGUAAUGAAGGCGCUGGCGGGCUGCGAGCUUUCUGGAGAGAUCUUUCCAAUCUUGUUGAGGGAUAGCGUGAGUCCACUCGAGCAGGUCGUCCUGCCUCGUGGGUGGAUAUCGUUUGAGGAGGCUCUCACGCGCACCGACUUGCCUCUGUCGUGGUCAGCAGAUACCCGCACCGAUCCGCAUCUCUGCGCGUGGUCGCAGGUGUUUUUGACACCGUCGCGAGUGGCGAUACUGCGGGCGACGGAGUGUUUGAUCAACUGCGGCCAACACGUUCUCUUCCAUGCCGGCCCCGUGGCCGGCAAGUCGACGCUGCUGCACACUAUGAAGGCGAACGAAGUCGAUUGGGUUGUGCAAGUGUACGAUGCAAACGGCGGCAUGCGGCCCAUUCACAUCCAGCAGAGAAUGGCAAGUGAGCUGGUGCAGCGCUGGGACGGAUGCCACAGCCCAACUCUGGGGCGGCGACUUGUGGUAUGCAUCGACGAUUUGCAUCUAGCCCCGGUGGUCGCACGCAAUGGCGGCGACGAGCUGCAUACAGCCGCGAUGACGCUCGGUGGGUGCUUGAUGCGCUUCUGCGACGAGUUCCGUGCGAUCAGCACGCCAAGGACUGGGACCAUGCCCAUCGCUAACGUUGUGUUCUGCGGCUCGAGCCUAUUUCAGGCCGGCUCGAGGAGGCAAUGCAGCACUGGGGCUCUUAGCGGGUGUGUGGAUGUGCGCUUGCCAGGCUUCGACAGCGACGAAAUCGCGUGCGGCGUGCACCUGUUGUGCAACUUGGCCUCUUCUCGAAAGCGCACCAAGGAAUUUUCGCAAGGCUGCGCCACGUUUCUGGGGCUUGUUCAUGGCGCCUACACUCACCUGAAACUGCGCGUUGCUGCCCUUGGGUCGUGCCCCGCAGUGGCCGUACCACGCCCCGCAUUCACACCAGCUCCGUCUAUCUCCGCAGUGGUGUCGUCCACGCCUCUGAACGCCACACAUGUGGAUGCAUCGGCGAGUCAGCAAGGCAGCGUUCCGUCAUUUUACGCUGAGCACCUCCGAGAUGCUCUGCAGGCGGCAGAAGUGAUGCGACUGCACUUUAUCAGCAACGCGUCGGAUGUGCAGGUUGCCACCCGCGUUUUCCUUGAUGUGACAGCCUUCUACGAGGCGCAGCUGCGUGCGCCGCCAUCGCCGAAAGUAUCGCAAUGCUCAGAAUCGCUACCGUUGUCACCACCGCUGCCAAUGGGAGCAGUAGGCCCGGAGGCGAAUGACGCAUCACACGGGCUGCACGACUUUGCAGUGGAGGCCGCGGAGCGCAGUUUGUGCGAAUGCAUCCGUGGCAGCGUCAAUUUCAAAGGCUUGGUCUGUCAGCUUCCGAAUCUCCCGGAGCCUGACGCGAUCGCCGGGGAGGACGAGUCGUUCGUUGCGGACUGCAUUGCCGAGUUUGAAUAUGCCUUGAAGGACGAGAGAGAGGAGGACCUUUCGACAUUGGAGGAAAGGCGUGGGCCAGGAGGCGGGGCGAACAUCAAAGGCGUUCCAACGCGAGGGGUGACGCGGCAUGCCUCGGUGUUUGUUAGCUAUCCAGACUUCCUCAGGAAGGCAGCGGUGCGGUCAGAGGGUGCACACAAGGAGAUCCUGGUGCGACGGUCGUCCAGUGUGGCUGCGCUGAGUGGUAAUUCGUCCUUGCGCGGAUCCUUUACCAUCACUCCGGGGUGCUCAAACGUGUUAAGUGUGGCGGCGGCAAUGUAUCAACAGCAGAAACUGCACCCCUCUUGCAUGUUGAUUACCCCUACGUACCAGACCACGUGGCUCACCACGCGCCUUGUGUUUCUUCAAGACACGCUUUCCGUUCCCCAUGCGCAGGUUGUGUUUCUGGGAGAGAACGCGUUUGGUCUGCGCCGACUCUUCCGCUUGUGGUGCUCUAACACACAUGUGCCUCUCAUGUGGUUCCGAAUGCAUCCGUCUGCGUCCCCUGCAGAGGCGAGCGCCACUUUCCGCCAUGACCUUCGCUCGGCCAUCACGUUCGUCUGCAUGAACAGCGUCCACGCGAUCAUUUACCUCCCUCCCGAGCUGCUGCGCAUGCCGGAAGUGCUGUUGGUCGUGGACCUGCUACUGCGCAGCGGGGAUGUAUCGGGUCUUUUCACGGACGAGGAGCGCAAUUCUCUGAUGCGUGGCUUCCGUGUGACCCAUCCGCGAUCACUGAAGCCCUUUACCCUGGCCGACGACACUGAGCUGCGUGACCGCCUCCGCAGCUCCUUUAACUUCGUCUUCCACCUGCGUGACGCGGCAGAGGUGGAACGAAUAGCGGCCGACUACCCUUUUCUGCGGCAGCCAAAGACGAGUGUGCUGCCGCUGUACACGGAGGCGCUGCGGAGCUCGUUGGUGCAGGAACUGGUGUUGUCCGUUCUGCGGAGCAGCGGCGGUGCGGGUGGCGACCCUGAUGUCGACGGGAUCCCCACCUUCGACAAGGCCGACACGAAGGAGGGGAAAGACGAGAGCGUCAAGGAAGGUGGCCGUGACGGGGGUGAUUGCCCUGUGAGCCUGUCGCAACGGGCUGUGUGCAGGGCUCUGUGUGGCAUAUUCGCACAUGUCUCCGAGAGACACCCGACCUCCUUGGCGCAGCUGGUUGAGUUCGCAUCGCUGUACCGCGACCUGAGUUCGGCGGCGCGUGUGGAGGUCUUGGAAAGCGCUAGAACGGGCACGGUCAUCAUGGACCGCGGAGAUGAAGCAGUACAGAUGGUGAAGACCGUUUCGCAGCGAACUCGUGCAAUCGCUGAGGGGCUGGGCGCCGAGCAGCUGCGCAUAGCCUCGCUCUCUGAGAGGCUGCGCGACGAGGAGAACCAGCACACGACGCGAUCCCUUGAGACACUGGCGUUCGGUGACAAGCUGCAAGAGAAGAGGGAAGCUCUCGCCCUUCAACGCGCAACCCUCGCCGAUGCCCUGAAGAAGGCAGAGGAACGACUGGAGAAGGCCGCGCGGCAGCUGCGAAAGGCGAAGGCGAACAACAUGCGCGCACUCGCCGUCUCGCGUGUGCCGGAGAAGGGUACCCUUCUUGUCCGCUGCCUUUACGCGGUGCUCGGUGAAGACCUUCCAAAGCACAACGACAACCCUCACGAGCUGUGGGGCAACGCCAUGAAACGGGUAUGCACAAAGGAGUUCACGAUGACCCUGACAGGGAUCGCGCCGAAUGAAGACCAGACUGCCUUGAAAACCUGUCUCCUGCUGCGUGAGGAGCUGGAUGCGGUGCGGUACGCUCUGGUGCAACCGUACGCCCAACUAUUGGCUGACUUUGUAGUGGCGUGGGUGGACUGCGGGAAGUUCCGCGCUGAGGACUACGCGACUGGUGUACAGGAGGUCGGGAAGUCCGAGGAUAACUUGAAGGAGGACGAGGAGCUCUACGCGACGCGACUGAAGGGCGUGGAGUCCGCUCUAGGGUCUGUGGCGUGCACCAAGGCUGAGAUUGCUGCAGCACAGCGCUCCACGGAAGCGUUGCAGGGAGAGCAGCAGCAGUUGGCGGGCAUCGUGGACCGACUGAUGAAGUAUACCGGACUUGUCGACCGCUUCUCACGAUUUCUGACGGCGCCGGCUGACGUGGCGGAGCGCACGAAGUUUGCGCGCUGCGCCGCCGCGGACACUUUCCUCGUCUCUGCCUUCUACUCGCUUCUUGCCAUGCACGACAAGGCGAUGGACACGUACGUGUCCUUGCAGCAGUUUCUCAUCGAGAAGGUGCAUCCCAGACUGCACUCCACAGCGCCGCAAGAGGCAUUCGCCUACAUGCUGUACCAGACACACGCCCCACGCACCCGCGCGCUAAUGUUGCCUGGAAGCGAGGACUUUGCGUGGGAGUAUAGGGCCCUUUUCACGGCGCUGUUCAAGCGCGUCGCUUCGCGGUGGACUUUGAUUGGUGCGGCAACGCCACUCAUCGAGCAGGAAGUGUGCAAGUAUCUGUCUCUCUCAUGCAGGGGCUGCGUCGUCGUGUCGAUGGCGGACACGUCGGCGAAGGAGCGGGUGAUCGCGGCUAUGGGAGCUGGGGAAGGUGUUCUUCUCCGUGACGUUCACGACCCAGUGUCGCUCGAUUUCAUCCGCUACCUCAACCCUCUUUACUCCAAGCUGAGGGCGCACUGGAACGCAGAGCUGGGUCCGCGGAGGGGGUCGACAAUCACUGCAACCGGGCAGUCGCACCAGCCAUCGGCCAUAGCCUCUGCUCCCUGCCCUACAGACGAAGAGGACGCCACUGCACGGUUCGUCUCGCUGUUGCUGGAGGGCCGGGAGAUACAGGUACACCCUUCCUUUUAUAUGGUGUGCACCUCCUCGCUAGCGGUACCCGUCGAAACGAACGCGGUCUGUGACGCCGUCAACGUCUACAACCUCUGCACCCCAAUGCCCCAGCGGCUGUACUACGAGUGUCUGCUCCGCGACGCCGUUUGCACCACGUCUGUGUCCACCAAAAUGUGCAGCAUGCGCGAGGAAAUAGCGACACAGCAGCAGGUCUACUUCAGGGUGCUGCAAGACUUUAUGCAGGCACACGAUGCUGCUGCGAAGCUUCUCGCGGCGGACAUCGGCGACAUCCGAGACGGGCUACGCGGGGACACGCUGGUGGCGGACACCGAUCGCGCGCUCGCCGACGUCGACAUGUACGAGGGUCAGCUGUCCCAAACCGUCUACUACGUGCAGAGCUGGCAGAAGGCGGUGCAAGAAGGCUGGGGCCCGGUGCUGCCUGCCUUGGAGGCAGUAGGGAGCUUUGCCGAGCUGAUCGAAGCAGAGAAGCUGCAGCGUCCGUGGAGUGUGUCUGCAUUGGAUAAAUGUCUGAUGGAUAUUGUGCGCUUUCCCCCCGUGUUCACUCGCCACUUCGCGCCGCAGUCGUUCAGUGAUCUUCCGGUGCCGCUCAAACGCUACUACGCAGCGGUGAACUACGUGCAGCGCGUGGUGGAGCAGCUCGCCGCCGGCUGGCCUGUGCCAUUGAGGGGCAUCUUCUCGCUGCUGCUGCUCGCGUCAGCGAUGGCGGCCGCACCAGUCGUCUUUGCUGCGAAGACGGACGCGGGUGUGCUGACGGAAGCGCAGACACGAGUGCUACAGGUUCUCCUCCGAGAGGGACUCGACUGUGCCUCGCCCAGCACGGGAAGGAACCGGAAGGAUGCCUCGAUCAGUUCCUUGUCCUCGCUUCUUUUGCCUGUUGGCGCAACAAGGGAGGAGCUGCGCCGCGGCAUGCUGGAGCUCUACACCACUUCUGAGGAUGCUUUACUCUCCCAUGUGGCGCGAAGAGGCAGCGCCGUUCCAGGCGAGGAGAAGGACCUCAACAGCGACCCCGAGGCUGAUGUAGACGAGAAUCAGUUUUAUGUGGCGCAAUUCUUCUCGUCCAUGGCGGUGUUGCAAGUGGAGCAGGCAAACCACUACGCUGCCUCCCUCUAUGGCACUUUCAUGGAGUCCGUCACGCGUUUGGAAGGUGCAGUAGGUGAGCCGAAGCCGCCUGCGAUACCACUCGCCGCGGACGGGCGCCUUGGCAAGCGUUGGAUGCGCACGUCAACGGAUAUGCCGUCGCAGCGCAUUGGCAGCGAGACACAAGAAUCAAGCAUGGCCAGCUCUCGUAGAGACGGCGGGAAGGACAAUGCAGAGGAGGUGGAGCUGCGUGAUGCCAUCUCAGUGGGGAUGCAGAUGGAGCGGGCCGCGAUGGCGCAGCAGCCUCUCUGCCUCAUCACCGACUCAGCACUUACAAGCUCUCUGUCUUGGCUUCGCCUUGAGGCUGUGGAGGCGAAGCUCGCUUUUGUCUGGCAGGAGUUGACUCUUUGUAGGGCGACUACAACAGCCUAUUCUGCUGCAACGGUAUCGCCCUCCAAGAGCGGGGGACAAGGCGUCACGUUUGCGACUGCAACGCAGACCCUCAUCUCGCUGACGAAGCAGUUCCGGUUCUCAGGGAAGGGCAGAGGCGUGUGUCUGGCGCUUGUCGUGGACGCAGAUGUCAAGCGAGGCGUCCGCGACAAGGACGUACGCAUCUUCAGAGAAGAGUUGCAGUGGCUACUCUCUCUGUACACCAACACCUUUCGACCGUCAGGCGGCGGCAAAGCCGGAUCCGCAGUGUAUCUUGCAGUGAUUUGCUCGCCCGCAACGGAGCGGGUGCUGUGGGGAGGGGCCGCGGCUGGUCACGUGACGCCGUGCUGCUAUAUCCCGUUGAGUAGCAUUACUCCCCAGCAGCGCCUCGUCCAGCUUCUCCAGCCGUCUCGCCGGUAUUUUACCGACAGUGGUGUCGUGCAGGUUUGCGAGACGAUUCUGCAGAACGUGGCGGCAGAGAUAGCCCACCGCAGUAACAGCAACGCAACCCACAGGCCUCCUCCAACUAAUACGAUGCGCGUCCGCGGACCGACCCUCGCGAAGCUGACGAUGUCCCAUAAUGCCGCCCAGGCGUCGAUGCCGCUGCCAACGCUCCCGCGUUUCAUCUCGUCUGGCGCCCUCAACGCCUUACAGAAUGCGGUGGAGAACUUGCUGUGCUGUGCUCGUUUGGCGCAUCAUGAGAUGGUGGUGAGUUACGUGGUGUCCAGCAUUCGUGAGCGCAUGCGCUGCGAGGGGAACAAACUCGGCUGCUACGUCGACGAUCCAGCCCCGCUGGGGCAGCUGCAUGACCUGCUGUCUGAAUGGAUUCUGGGGUGCUACGAGGCGUUCAUUGCCAGCCUCAACAGGUCAAUCACCGAGGAGGUGCAGAGCCCCAGCAGCAACAGGACUGCGGCGGCCGAGAGCACUGCUAAGGCUGAAGGCGCGUCCUCGAAGGGGUCCUUGAACGGCGACCUGAGCCUUCCGCUUGCAUCGCAGUUCAUGCUGCAGCGCGACGCGGUGGAGAGAAACGCCCUCCCGUACGGGCUCAAAGCCUACUACUAUUUGCGGCGUCGGAAACUGGGGUGGCAGCUUCUUCUGGAGCGGCACGCUCAAGCGACACGGCAAACGUCACAAGAGGUCUCGUCCGUGAGCUCUCACCCCAGGGUCGAGCGCUUUACGCAUGCUGUGCUCUCCAUUAUGACUGCAAACUCGAAGACGGGUGACGCACUGACGUCUCGCGGUUCUGCCAGCCAUGAAAGCAGCUUGGUGGAUCUCCAACUCCUGAGUGCCACUGAGUCAUCAUUUCACCUUGAGCGAUCGAGUCAGCGUUCGGCGCAGCGGAGUCUGGUGGAGCGCGCGGUGAAGCAGUGGCGCACUGGGCUGUUUGCGAUGGCCCGACAGUUUGCCUUUUUCUUCAUGUCUUGCCGCCCACGCGACGACACACUUCCGGCGGUGGAGCAACAGGCGGAGUGGACCAUGCUGCGUGCCUUGAUCGGGAUCCCAGAGCACGGCAACGAGGUCUCUUGUCUCUGGGGGCAGAACAGCGCUGCCUACUCCGACGGAGAAACGUGGCAGACGCUUAUCCUUGAUGCGCGCUACCUUGACCAUUUCCGGCUGGAGGCCGACAUUUUCCCGUCUGAUUUGAUGGAGCUGUGCGGCGAGGCGGCGGCGGCGAGACGGCUGCGGCGCAUGCAGCUGGACAGCCUUUUGGAUCUGUGCUUUCCUGCUAGCACCAACAACACCUACAAAUCGAGCACAGCGGCAUACAAGUCGCUUGUCGGUAUUCCAAGCACCUCUCCUGCCAUCGCGGCGGCGGAGGAUCUAGGGCGGCUCGUGGACACGCGAGAUGAUCCAACCAGCGACUUGGUUUCUCCUGCUGUCCGCGAAGGUGCCGUAUCGAGGUGUGGGGAGUCACCGCUUCAUUUGCCGGCGGCGUCCUCAUCGCAUCGGGCUGUAGUGGCGGACAUACUGCAGGCUUUUUCCAUGGGCCUGUCACCCCACGCCUCAGUCACCGUUGGCGAGCUGUACACGCAGGUGUGGCUGCCAUCGCUGCGUCACCCUAUGCUCGAUCUCGAGUUUCUCACAACGAUUGUGCGUCGCCCUUCGCCGUCGCCCAGUGAUUCCGCCACAGAGGCACGAGCGGCGCACGUCACGUCGCGGGACGAUAAACCCUUCGCUGAUGGCUUGUGGGAGGAAGGCCAGCAAGAAGGUCACUAUAGCUGUGCAGGCGAGAGGGAUCACAACGCUGCUGUGAGUCGGCUCAUUUUGGUGGUGACGCAGCGGCGCUAUCUGUUUCCGUCCGACGUGAUACUUACGGGUGCUCGACUGUCUCUGGGGCUCGUGAGGCAGCUGGGCGCGCAAACACAGUGGUCGGGGGGUCGGGGUGGCGACGAGACUACCGCACGGCUGACGGCGGGGGCGGUGGUGGUGGUGGUUCGGAGAGUCCUGGUCCGACCACGUGUCCAGAGCGUGGAGGGCUGUUCGGAGAGGGUGGAAACGCCUGCUCGAACAGCCACCGACGAGGUGGGGAUGUGGAUGUGGCCGACAACUUCAUCGUGGGACACAACUCAUAGCAGCUCGCAGCUGGGAUGGUACGGCGUCACGUGCUCACGCCUGCCGGCCGACGCGCUUCUGUGGGACACCACGAUCGUGUGCCGUCCCACUGCGACAUCUGUUGUUCACUCCUCGUCCACAGCGUCAGAGCCGCUGCGACGCCGAGAGGGUGCUUCAGACAGCACGUUCGUCACGGAGGUGGAGGAGUUGGCAAAGACGGCAACACCGAAGCAGGCGGACCUCGACGCGCCUCGUUCAUGGAGCGUUACGGAGAUUCCGGUGCCUGUACGGUGGCAUCCUCUCUCAGGGGACUCGAGCGGGAGUGUCAAAGGAAAAGGUGCUAGCAUGUUAGAGCUUUACCUCUGUGUCGAGUACGAGCCACUAGCGACACACAAUGGUUUCGGGUCCGAUACCUCGAACAUCUCCCCAUCGUUGUCGAUGACCACCACCACCGGCGCUUGUGCCUCCUGGGGCACUCGAGGAACCUGGGACACACUGCACCUUCACGAGACCCUGGACGCCUACGUCUGGAUAGAGUGA